GUUAUCUUGUCUUUUCAAGGCAUAGGUUUGGAGAUGUCCUUUCUGUGGAAUUUUCAGUGGGAGCUUAAAUAAGUCAUCCUUUGCGUUAAAGAAAACGCUGAAUAAGUAGCCAUCGAAUCCCGAAACAAAAGCCCAAAGACAUACCACCAACGGCGACUCAGGGCCUUCGCAGAGCAAGCAGAAAAGUUUCUGUCAUCUCAGAAAAGCAGCAUACAAGAUUUCCAGAGUGGGCGCAUGCUAAACUGGAGUCAAACAGGCCUUCUCCGUACUAACUUGGGUGGUAGAUUAACUAGGAAGCGUUAAUACAAGAUUCCGUCCAGAGUACUUUGCCUAGAGCCUCUGUUCGAAGUUUUUGUUUUCGAUAUGGCGAAUAAUGACCCUCCAGUCGGCUUUCACCUUAUCUCUACCCUUUGCUAUGACCCUGCCCUCGCAACUCUGCGCUCGUCCCACAAUUCUGCCUACUACCUGCUCCCUUACCACUAUGACCGCUUACUAUCCGCUGCAACCGACUUUCAGUGGACAAAAGCAGUGUCCCGCCUGCGAGAGUGCGGGCACGGGGGCCUCUUGAAGCUCUUCGACCAGAAGAUCCCUUCGCAAUCGCAGCGGUGGCGGAUGCGGAUCCUGCUUGACCAGGAAGGUGAUAUUAAAGCCGAAUUCACACCACUGACAGCACCUCUGCCGGGCGCUCUCUUUCUGCCCGCCCUCGAUGGCCCAUCUCAUCCAUUCUCGUCCGCACCUUCAUAUCCGUCCUGGGUUCUCAGGCUAGACUCACAGCCCACACAACCCUCCCCUUUCACACGACACAAGACUACCCAGCGUGAAUUGUACGACGCAGCACGGAAGCGGGCAGGAAUCAAGUCGCCCCAGCAGACAGUUGAGGUACUACUAUACAGUCCAUCGGGAGAAGUGAUGGAAGGGAGUAUUACGACUCCGUACUUCAGGCGGAGCCGGAUCCACUCUGGCCGCGGUGGGCACGGACAGGAACUGGAAGAGGUGUGGGUUACGCCGCCGUUGAGCAGUGGAGGAAACGCGGGUACAACGCGUCGGUAUGCUUUGGAAGAAGGACUAUGUGUUGAAGAAGUUGUUGGGGUCGAUGAUCUGGUCGAUGGCGAAGAGGUUUGGUUAAGCAAUGGCGUGCGGGGCUUCAUCAGAGCCGUUCUCGAGCUUGGAUGAUCCAGCUACACAUACGGAGUACGCAGUGCUUACAUAUAUUUAACCAUGGAGGACUAUGGAUACAUACAUACAUCUGCAUUGGAGCACACACACGUGUAUAAAUCAAGGCCCCUUUCUUGUAUGCUUUCACCUUAUAGAUACA